AUGGCGGCACCAGCAACCCUUCCAGCCCUGCUGGACACGCUCACCAAGUCUCUGACAUCCGCCCUCGAACUCGCCCCCAAGAUCUCGACCAUCGACGCUCCCAAGGACGGCAUCUCUCUCCUCGACGUCAAGAACGAGCUCCUUCUUUCCUACCUCCAGAACCUCGUCUUCCUCAUCCUCCUCAAGCUCCGUCAGGCUCGCACCGGCACUCAAAAGAAGAACAACGAUGACGACGACGACGACCAGAACCUAGACGACCUCGUGGUCAAGAAGCUCGUCGAGCUCCGUCUCUACCUGGAGAAGGGUGUGCGCCCGCUCGAGGACAAGCUGCGCUACCAGAUCGACAAGGUGCUGCGCGCCGCCGACGACGCCGAGCGCAGCGCCAAGCAAGCCGAGGCCGCCGCGAAGGCUGCCGAGCAGCCCGACUCGGAGUCCGAGGCCGGUGGUGAAUCCGGCGACGAGGACGAAGCCGCCGCUCCCUCAGGCCAGAAGCUAUCCGACCUGCAAUUCCGCCCCAACAUUUCCUCCUUUGUCCGCAACGGAGCCCCUGGCACCGAAGACAGGCCCAAGGUCGGCGUGGGCAAGUCCACCGACGCGGCGGGCGUCUACCGUCCUCCGCGCAUCGCGCCGACCGUCAUGCCGACGACCACCACAGAGCGCCGCGAGCGUGGAGGCGACAAGAAACCGCUCAAGAGCGCGACGCUCGACGAGUUCAUUGCGGACGAGAUGUCGACGGCGCCCGUGGCGGAGCCCAGUAUUGGUACCACCAUUGUCAACUUUGGCCGACGCACCAAGACGGUUCAGGAGCGCAAGGUGGAGGAGGAGAGGCGCACGUACGAAGAAGCCAACUUUGUGCGUCUGCCGACGGCGGGCAAGAAGGACAAGGCCAAGCAGCGCGCGCUCGAGGGUCGCAGCAGCAAGAUGCAGUUUGGUGGCGAGGACUGGCGCGAUUUGGGCGUUGGUGUGGAUCGUAUCAACAGACUUACCUCUGGUGGUCGUGAUCGCAAGGGAACCAAGGCUCUGUUGGAGAAGAGCAGGAAGCGUGGCUUCGAUACCACCGAUGGACCCAAGGGCGAUGGUGGCAGUGGAGUUGCUAUGGGUGAAAGGUUCCAGAAGAAACUCAAGGUGUUGGAGGGCGGCAGGAGAGACAGAGGCAAGGGCAGGUAA